UGUGCAGAUCAUUCUUAAAACAGCAUGAAUGAAUUACUCCUAACUCCUCCUGACCGAUCAUAAGAAAUAGUUUUAAGGAAAUAUUUUGCUUAACAGAUCAAAAUGAGUAAAAGCUAAUUUGAUGGACCUGUCUCAGGCAAUUUACGAAAACAGUGCAACAUAGAUCUAUUGGAGGAGAAAAUAUGAAACCAAGUCUGCCCCCCAGCAGAUCCAGACCACAGCUACAUCCUGCAGUUCCAGCAUAUUCUGCAGAGCCAACUGCAAGAAACAACCAUCGGUGGACAUCCAAAACAUUUCCAGAUGGAUGCAACACAAGGAUGAUGAUUGAAGAUGAAUCUGAAUACGAAAUCCCUAUUGAGGAUAGUGAUCAGGAACUUAGCUAUGAUUAUGUAGUUUCAUCCAGCCUGGACGAUCUGCGACAUGUGAAAAUUUGUCCUGCAAAGCCAAUAAACAUGCAGUCAGUUUAUGCAGACAAGAAUUGUUUACCAUCUUUGCCACCUACACGCGUUCCAAUGGAUAGACCAGCCCUGUUUCAACAACCUUCAGGGGUUAUUAGACAACAUUCAAUGUUGAAUGUUCAACCCAACACAUACUGCGGGAACAAUAACAAUAGAGGCAAGAAUAUUUCUGAAUCCAACUCACGUUCGGUUAUUCAGUUUCCUGGCCCUGAAACUCUUCACCAACCUUCUGAAGGUCCAAGUGUUGACAGAAGGGCAAAGCCAUUCAAGCCAGCAAAUGUUUCUCACCAGUCCCCAGAGAAAAGUUCGAUCCUUGAAAUCAGGGCUUCUCAGUGUUUUCAAAGCUUGGAUCAUGUUUGUGAUAUUAAAUUGGACCAAGGACAGAACUUGAGGAGACAGGUUCAAUGA